GUGACAAGUCUUUGUGUUGUCAUGCGACUGGUGGCUUUGUGAUAGAGAGUUCCAUUCGCUGGCAGUGUCAUCAUUGCACAUUCAUUUUCAACCAUUGCCUCCAGGCUCCCACCGCCUGCAUUUUCAACCCAACAUCCUUCGUUUUGCGGCUCAAAAGCGAUCAAAAGCAAUUUCGGGCAUCAUCUGCUGGCUUCCAGUGAUCGUACCGAAGCGCCCACUUUCUGUUCCCCUCUUUCCUCCGACGUCACUACACCGUGAUUAAUUGGAGAGGAAACUGUCAAACUUGCGACAGCAUCAGGCAAUUAGCCGCCUUGCAGGGGAUAUCCUAUUUUCGUCCGCUGCUGUUAUUCAGAGCUAGCAAACAAGGCUGUGUGACUCUUCGGCUUCAUUUAAAAGAGCCUCAAGGCCGGCGUUAUUCACCGACAUAAGUCCAAACGCAUCACCAUGGUCAGAAGUCUCAGUGAUGAGAGUGAACAUGACGGCAUCGGAAGAUGGUUUGACAACGAUGACGAGUCAGUUCAAUCGCCACAACAAAUUCCCAUGGGAGAGGACCAGGACGCUAAGGAAAUCCCUGUCGACGUUGGCUCACCGAAGGAGAUGCUAGCCUACCUGAACGAUUUCCAACAAAAGACUGAGGAAGUUCGACUAUUGCAACCUGUUACAGACGUACCAUCAGUGCUGUCUGUGCCUUCACUGAACCUAUCAGAUGAGACGAUCAGCUGUAGCUGCAGCCUGCGAUCCUUUCGCAAUGCUACCAGUUCAUCUGCUGAUGACGAGACUGCAACUUUGGAACGAUGCGGUCCUGCGAUGGCAGAGUAUGGUUACGAUGAAGAUGCCCAGGAUGCUGCCUCAGACUCUUCGUCAGACAGGUCUGGGAGUUUUUCUCCGGCCUCCUGCCCGUCACCAAGUAACACAAAUAUCACAUCACCGGGCUCAGAUGGGUCUUACCAGGAUUCUAUAGCCUCAUUAGAAGACAUGUCUGGAGGUGCCUACGAGCCCUUUCCAACCGAGAUAGCUCUAGGCUCUGACUGGGGCUACGGCAGUGACCCAGAAACAAACUAUUUGGAUCAGCACGAUCAGGCGCGUGAUGGAGACCACAAUGAGAACGGUGAAGCGAACGAAUCUGCGCGCCAGAAGGAGCCUACAUCCACUGAAAUUGGUAGCGCAGAGGCUACAGAAACCAGCGCUCUAAUACAACACAAGGACCAGCCACCUAAGCGUGCGGCUGGGGAUGACGAGAACGAGCAUCAACAAGUAUCACGGGCCAAAAAGUCUAAAAGACAAGAGGACUCCCACCUCAGGCUGGCUUGCCCUUUCUAUAAGCACGACCCGAUUCAAUAUCGCCGCUGUCACUCUCACGUCCUCAAGCGCAAUAGCUACGUCAAGCAACAUCUCUUCCGCUGCCACAUGCAGCCCAUCCACUGCGACAUCUGUCUGAGCGUAUGGCCGACUGUCGAAGACCUUCGAGAGCAUCGCCGUGCUCAAGUAUGCGAGAGGCGAGAGUACAUCGCCCCCGAUGGAAUCACCCCCGAACAAGAACGCAAACUUCGAUCGCGGCUUGGAGGCCCGAACAAAUCAGAGAGUGAUCAGUGGUUCGAUAUCUAUAGUAUUAUUUUCCCAAAUUCUGAAAAACCAAAAUCGGCGUAUCUGAACGGCGAAUUGUCCGAAGAUGCAGAGAGUCUACGCGAGUUUAUGGAAGGUCGCGGGACGAAUUUGAUAAUGGAACAAUUAGUAAUGUCAGGCCUCGUUAUGAAUGAAGAUAAUAAUAGUAGCUGCGAGAUGGAGAGGAAGUUUCAGAGAAGUGUGCAAAACGCUCUAAGAACUAUGUUUGAGGGAUGGCAGAGUCGGAGAGGGGGAGCUGGUGAGGAUGAUGGCGACCGGGAGACGAAAAGGCCGAAGCCAACACCUAGAGAGUUUCCAUACAUCAAGACUCAGACGCCUGUGAGGAAUGACACUGGAAGUACGAACACCACUGCGACAAUGCUGGAAGAUCAACUGGAGGGGGAGCAGAUCGGGCCAACUACUACAUCUCCCCAACAAACAGGAGAGGUUGCCCACGGACUUUGAAAAUCACCUUUCUAGCAUUUACCGUGCUUUACAUGCUCUACUUGGUUAUCAUUUCACGAUUUUAGAAUAUUUCUUUCUUAUAUGCUUUGUUGUCAAAAUUUCACAAUUAAACUACUAUCCCAGAACUCUAUUUGCUCUACUUAUGUGACUGCCCUCCCUCGACCUUCAAAACCUGAGAUAAAGCCCCCAUCUUCCUCAAUUCUUCUACAGGCCGCUUGAAACCCGGGGCUAUAAGGUUGACGUGGUUUCCUGUGGUCUUUAACUCAUAGUUACCUUUUACAUACAUCUUGUCGAGAGCUUCCGAGAGCUUUAACAUAUUCGGAAUUUCGGUCAUGGAAAACCGGUGUACGUGGUUAGCUUUGUUAACCUUGCGAGACGGUUUCAUCGCGUAGAACUUGGGUGGUUGAUUGUAUCUGGAAAUGAAUGGAUAAAUUGUUAGCAGAAGGUCGAGAUUUUUCGAGGAUAAAAUUUGGGAACUAGAUGUUCAAGGUGGGC